AUGGAACACUCGGUGAUAGAACUGCAUGAGCCCCCUCCAUCUCCUCACCCAAAAUCCCAAACAAAAUCAACAACAACCCAUAUUUCUCCCCCUCAACCAUCAUCAUCAUCAACCUCUUCGCCUGCAGUGAUCGACAAGACCCUCUCCAGCGCCGCUAACCUCACAAAGCUCCUCCCAACCGGCACAGUCCUCAUAUUCCAAUCCCUCUCCCCUUCCUUCACCAACAAAGGCCAAUGCUACCCCUCCAACAAAUACCUAACCUACUCCCUCCUCCUCAUCUGCUCCCUCUCCUGCAUCUUCUUCUCCUUCACCGACACCCUCAAGUCCCCCAACGGUCAUCUCUACUACGGCAUCGCCACCUUCAAAGGCUUCUACAUCUUCAACUACGGCGACGAUCCAGAAACAAAGAAAACUAGGGUUAAGAAAGACUUGAACCUGAAGAGGUUCAGGUUGAGGGUGCUGGAUUAUGUGCACGCGGUGUUUACGGUGGUGGUGUUCUUGGCGCUGACGUUCGGAGACGCGGAUGUGCAACGGUGUCUGUUUCCGGAUGUGGGUUCGGAUGGGAAGGAGUUGCUGGUGAAUAUGCCGAUGGGGGCGGCCGUGCUGGCGGGGUUGGUGUUCAUGGUGUUUCCGACCAAGAGGAAGGGGAUUGGGUACUCGGAUGCCACUCCACAUCAGCAACUGUAAAAGAGUUGAUCAGAACUGUUGGGGGUUGGAGACUUAUAAGUAAAAAGAGCGUUACUUAUUUAUUAUCUUU